UCCCCACCACCUCUCUCUCAUCCUGUUCUACCCUCAAGGUGGAGUUUCUAAAUGCAGCCUGAGUAGUUAAACUGUCACUCCGCGGAGAGGACGGACGGGAAAAUGUUCGGUUGUUGUUGGUGUUGUUCCGCGUUACGACCAAGAUACAAGAGGCUCGUUGACAAUAUCUUCCCAGUCAAUCCGCAGGAUGGCCUGAUUAAAAAUAAUAUGGAGAAGUUGACAUUCUACUCGUUGAGCAGUCCUGAGAAAUUGGACAGAAUCGGCGAGUACCUGUUUCAACGAGCUUCUCGAGAUAUUUACAGGAGGCGAAAUGGCUUUGUUGUGAUCGCCAUGGAAGCGAUGGACCAACUCUUGGUAGCCUGUCAUGCACAAACCUUAAACCUGUUCGUUGAGAGCUUCCUGAAGAUGGUGCAGAAACUGUUGGAAUCCACAGAACCUCAGCUACAAAUUUUAGCAACACAAUCCUUUGUCAGAUUCGCCAAUAUCGAGGAGGACACGCCAUCUUAUCACACACGCUACGAUUUCUUCGUGUCCAAAUAUUCCGCCAUGUGUCAUUCUAAUAACGACGAUCCCGCCAUACGUAAGCAGAUUAGGCUUGCUGGAAUUCAAGGACUACAGGGCGUUGUAAGGAAAACUCUCUCUGAUGAUUUGGUUGAAAAUAUCUGGGAACCCGUUCAUAUGGACAAGAUUGUACCAUCGUUACUGUAUAACAUGCAAAAUUCGAGAUAUGCCGAUAAAGAACAAGCGACACCGGACAGCCCGACCGAGGAAAGAUCGGAUCCACCGCAGUUUGCGGAAACUUGUAUGCGAGAACUGAUCGGACGUGCAUCGUUCGGUCACAUUAGAUGUGUCAUAAGACCUGUAUUGAGACACUUGGAUAAUCAUCAGUUGUGGGUCCCUAACUAUUUUGCAAUUCAUACCUUCAGAAUAAUUAUGUUUUCUAUCCAGUCGCAAUAUUCUUACACUGUGGUGGAAGCCUUGAUGACACAUCUCGACGAUCACUCGAAGUCGUCGCCAAAAAUUCGCACCAGCAUAGCGGACACCUUAUCGAAAAUUAUAUCAAUCGCCGCGGGUGAAAGUGUAGGACCGUCUGUGUUGGAGAUCAUAAACUCCUUGUUGUCUCAUCUGCGGGUUAGCGUGACGAGAAACCAAUCGUCAAGCAGUGACGAGCAAUUGUAUCAGGAAGCCCUCAUCAAUGCCCUCGGAGAGUUCGCGAAUCAUCUUCCUGAUUAUCAGAAAAUCGAAAUCAUGAUGUUUAUCAUGAGUAAAGUCCCGUACAGCCAGCCGGAUCGUAUCGUAUCGGUCGGCAAGGGGGAUGUACUGCUUCAAAGCAUACUCUUGAAAUCUCUGCUGAAGGUCGGCACCAAAUACCAAACCAUUCACUUGAACACGACGUUCCCGCCGAGUUUCUUAGACCCAUUGCUAAGGAUGUCGCUGGCAGCGGAUGCUGAAAUGAGACUUCUCGUGCAGAAGAUAUUCCACACUCUGAUUGAUAGACAUCGCAAUAUUACGAAGCUCGCCAAACCGACUGUAAACUUGAUAGAACUUGACCUCUCCAUCGAGAAAGCAUCAAGACCCGACGUAAUUUUCAUCCGCAAGCAUGGCCCUGAGAUUUAUCUAGCGCUCUACGAGUCGUUAGAGCUGACCAGCAACACCGUGGAAAAUGUGGAAUCUAUUUACACCACAUUGGCUUUGCUCGCCAUUGAGCUGGCUUCGGAGGAAACGAUCUUGGAACUGUUGAGAUUGGUGUUGAGCCUCCAAGACCUGGCGGUGACGAGCAGUCAGAUCAGUCUCGCCCUUAAGUUCAACUUACACGCCAUUGUUAUUAGCCUGUUAGUUUUAAUCUCGUACGCUUGUAAUAUCACCACUCUGAUGGAUUACGCGAAGAAGGUGGUGGAGACACGUCGAAACGACAGUCCGCACUUGCUGCCGGAUUUGCAGUCUCAGUAUGACACUGGUCUGACGUCCAGAUUGGUACCGGCUCUUCUAGUCGACCAAACCGUUGUCAGCGAAUGCCUGAAAGGGGCCGGGCUUGACAGCGGGAAGUUACAACAAGGUUCCGGUUAUAGCAGUAGUUCCUUGCAACAUAGGCAUUCCUGGGUCGACAGCGCCGGGCGAAAUUCGUUGGCUGACAUUAAUUCCGGAGGUCAGGAACUGGACAGCGGGGGUUCGUCACCUGGUGUACAAAAGAAGUUGCCCGGAGAAGAAUUAACGUUUGAAAGUAUGAAGAGAAUUUUGACAGAGAACAACAACAAUCAUGUAGUGGAGGAGGAGAAACGAAUGCAGCUUUCCCAGUUCUUUAGAAACGCACCAUUCCAAGAUCUGGUGUCGAAAACUCAGCCGAAGCACGAUGUCCUGCAGAGUAAAUUAUCGGAGAUAUUUAACACUCUAUCCGUUGAUCCACGCAACGCAAUUCCCACUGGGCCGCAAACAGAUACCAAGCCAAGUCAAACUCCAGCGUAUGAAAUUCAUUUCCCAGAACUGUUUGUAUAUUAGACAACCGGUAUAUUUCUAGUAGCAUCGCGUUAUGUUAGAUCCAGACAUCUAUAUAAUACUGGACAGCUAGCUCCCCGGUUUCCUAGUGCAUGUGUUUCUACUCAGUUUCGCAUCAACAGCAUUCAUAUAUUUAUACUUAGUAACCUCAUAAGCGGAGAGUUCCUAUAUUUGUUAGAAUAACUGCAUUCCAAUUGGUUACUGUAACACACUAAUAUGUUAUGUAAGUAUAUAGCUUUCGAAAUAUAUAAGAAAGCUGUUUAUUAUAAUAUAGAUAUCUGUGGUUAAAACUGAUAUGUUACAGCAAUAAGCAGAGAGAGAAAGAAAUUUUGACUUCCACACGCCGCGAAUCUACAUGAAUAAUAAAUAGAUCUGUGCCAGAAUGUUUCGUCCAUUGCACCUUUUAAAUAGUUUAGAUUAGUAAUUUAUUACUUGCUAGCUUUCCUCCCGUCGGGAUCUUAACAUACGUUAUUAAACGUUUGAAAUUUCGAACAUUAAAAAUUAUUAUUUAGAAGACGUAUUGGACAAAAUGCUCGGACACGGGCCUAUUUAUUUCUUACGUAGAUUCACCACGCGCAAGGAGAUUGAAAUCGGCGAAGCACUCACUGCGUCCUCUACUUCUUAGAGAUUUAUUUGCAUGUGUAUAUACGGAACGUUCGGUAAUUCAUGGAACACCGCUUGUAUGUGGGUAGAAUGGAUUAAAUUGAGCAGAGAAGUCUUUUGCAACAAUGCAAAAUUUCAAAUUAUUAAUGAUUGAAAAUGGUUGUCUAUAGACGUUUCUUUAAUUAAAAACUUAAAAAUCUAUUCUACGCGAGCCUUGUUCGUGUGAUCUGAGACAUCUAUAUAUAUAUAUAUAGGGUGUUAAAAAAUUAGACCGACAAGCUUUGAAGGAAAAUAGAGGACUUCAAAAUAAACAUUUUUUUUGUUAAUAUUAUUUUUCUCAACAUUUUGUUUAAAUAUAUAUAUAUAUAGAAAAUUAGUUAGAAUUUAUAUAGAAAAUGUUUUUAUGCUUUAAGUAACAUCCUGAAUAUAUUUUUUAUUGACAUUAAAAAUUGACUCUGCUUAUUCGCUUUUGAUAAACAGACAAGUGUAAUACGCAUAAAUCAAAUUUCGGCAAAAGUUAUGACAAGUAACAGCUUCAAUAUGCCUCUUUAAGUAAUGGGCUAACUAAAUAUAUGUUAUUGUUAUUUAAAUAUUAUCGUGAAUUAAAAUAAAAAAACAUAUAUAGGAUACGGCACUUAGAUCGGGAAGUUUAAAUAUAUAAAAAAUAAAACACAUCAUAGAAAUGUUUCAGAUAAAAGUUAUAAGGUUUGGAAGGGGGACAUUUUUUGGUGACCUUGACCCGUAUUCUGAACUUUUGUUUUUACCAAUAAAAGUGUCUUAAAUGUGACUUCUCAGCCAAUCAAGUGCUUAAUCACUUCUAGAGGCCACUUUUAUCGAUAAAAAGUUCAGAAUACGGGCUCUUAACUUCGUUGUAUAGUUAAUGAUUCAUUUCACAGUGAACAUUUUUUUUUAACGCAAAUCGAUUUCACUUUUUUAUUGACAUUAAAAAUUGACUCUGCUUAUUCGCUUUUGAUAAACGGACAAGUGUAAUACGCAUAAAUCAAAUUUCGGCAAAUGUUAUGGCAAGUAACAGCUUUAGCAAUAUGCCCCUUUAAGUAAUGGGCUAACUAAAUAUAUGUUAACUUUUUAUUCUGCGUAUAAAAAAGUACCAGGGUAAGAUCGUCGAAAAGUAAAUAUUUUUCCAGAAAUUUUACUUUUUAUUCCGACAUAUUUUAGUAUGAAAAAUAUAAAAUAUCUCAUAAAAUAUUCACUUUUCGAUAACGUCACCUUAAUACUUUUCUAUGUAAUAAGACUUAAUUUUAAUAAGCUACUCACCUCCGAUUUCGAUGAAAUUUUACAGAUAUAUAAAUAUUAUAAAAUAUUUAUAAGGAAAACACUAAGAUUGGUCUCCUCUGAUUUCGCCGAGCUUGAUACAUAUUAUAGUACCACCUUCCCAUUAAUUAACGAUGAAGCGACUCGACGCACCUCUCAGCGAGAAAAAUGCGUUUAAAGUUUUUCGUGUACUAUACGUAUCGAAUUGCAAAGACAGUUUUUCAGCAAUAGGCGGUGGUCAAGAAUGUAAGAUGAUUGGCUACCACGGCCAAGGCCGCUGCCUGUUGCAGGGUCGGCCUUGCUUUUUACAAUUUCUUUCAUUUCCCACACCCGAUUAAUUUUUGUGCAAUAUACAUUUACCAAAGAACUCAAGAAUAAAACGCAAGAACGCUUUUUGCACGUCGUUUCUUGCUUCUGAUGUCAUUAAACAAUAUGUCCGCCUGAGACAUGUCAACAAUAUGUCAGCCAAAUCUUAAAGAAUAUAUAUUGCCUGUAUGUCUUUUCAUGUAGCGUAUUUCCGGGUAGCGUAUCUUAAAAGAAUUCAGCGAAAGAUCUGUGACGGAGAUUGCACGAUUAUAUAUAUAUAUAUAUAUAUAUAUAUAUAUAGAUAUAGAAAACAAAUGUCUCAAAUAUUUUGUAAAUAACGUUUUAUAUAAAGGAAAACGUUAUGCUUCGAGGGAAAUUUAUAUUGUUUGUUCUUUCUUUUUCUCUUAAGUUUAAUUAUGUCGAAUAUACUUGUUAUUUGAUACAUGUAUGGGGAGAAGUAUGUAAUGCCUCGUCAGAGCAAAACAAUUUUUUUAUUGUAUUUUAUCCUGUGUAGAAAUCUGCGCUAUUACGUCGCCAACGUGAUCGUUUCUCCAACAUCACAUCGACAACGAUUUGUAUAAAAUAUAUCCGAAAGACCGUUUUACCAAAUACACAGUGAAUGGAAUGAACACAAAUUA